AUGACCCAAUAUUUGAGUAUGCCUCUCGAAACACACGCUCACGCCAGUGUAUGGCUGGAAGACGAAGAAUUGACGUUUCCUUCAUACCCAAGACGUUUCCAUCGGGCUUCAGAUGCCGGCUGCGAUGUCGGCUCCAACGCUCCUCCAACUUCCCCGUCGUCUUCCUCGUCCGUUCGCUCCGAUAUAGAAUCGCUAUUGGAUCGAGACGAGUCUCUAAACUCUAACGAGGAUUUCUGGCGCGAAGUGCCCGCCACCACCGAGUCGUCUUCUUCUUCUUCUGCUGCUACCACUACAGACCCCAGCAGCUCCCAGAACGACCCAAAUCUGUCAUUCCCACUCUCCACCGCCAUCCCACACUCUUCUUCCUCUUCUUCUUCUUCUUCUUCUCCCCUGGAAUCGCCACAAUCACCUCAAUCGCCCGUGUCGGAAACGUGUCUGGAAGACUACAUUCGCGAUAUGGGACCCUCCGCCACCGGCCCCACAAUGCUGCAAAGCCAGUACCAACCCGAUUUUCAAAUCAAAAGACUGUGCUUCCGGGAUGCAGACGGUAAACUCGCACUCACCGACCACUCCCGUGCCUCUGUGCAUAAACCGUCGCAUGCCAGAGGCAAGUCCUACAAAACCAGCAGAAAACUGCUGAAACGGGCGCUUCGUCGCAAGAGUGGGCUCUGGGAAAUGGCAAGCCCCAAAUUCGCCGUGGCAGAAUUCAUGCUGCUAUAA